AUGCUGUUACGGUAUCCAACACUAUCACUGGCCACAAACGAUACCGAUCAUCUUGCACUUUUGGCCAUCAAGUCGGGCAUCAAGCAUGACCCCCAACAUGUUCUUGACUCAUGGAAUACCUCCUUCCAUUUCUGUCAAUGGCAAGGUGUUACAUGUGGUCGACGGCAUCCUACUAGAGUCACCAUGUUAAACCUUUUUUCUCGAGGCCUUGCUGGAACUUUGUCCCCUCAGAUCGGAAACUUAAGUUUUCUAAGAGUGAUAGAUCUAGGGAAUAACACCUUCAAAGGAUUAAUCCCACCUCAAUUAGGAAAUUUGUUUAGGUUGAAGAAACUUCUUUUCGACAACAAUUCUUUUGUAGGAGAAGUUCCGUCCAGUUUAUCCAACUCCACAGGGCUACACAUUCUUUGGUUGGGUAACAAUAAUCUAGUUGGCAAGGUUCCACAGCAACUUAGUGCACUGGUGAAACUUUACACGUUAGUCAUUCAUUCUAAUGGUUUUACAGGAGGGAUACCAUCUUUCUUUGGAAACUUCACUUCUCUUAGAAUCUUAUCGGUCACCCGCAAUAAUCUCGGCGGAAGCAUUCCACAUACUUUAGGUCAGCUGUACAACUUGCAUCAUCUGAGUCUUGGUUCUAACCAUUUCUAUAGUACAAUCCCUCCAUCCAUAUACAAUUUAACAUCUUUACAAGUUCUUGGUGUAGAAAAUAAUACAAUCAGUGGAAAUUUAUCAAAAGAUAUAGCCUUUCAACUACCCAAUCUUAAGCGUGUUAUUAUAUGGCAUAACAAAUUUACUGGAAGCAUACCCUUCUCACUUUCUAAUUGUUCAAACUUGUUACUCCUUAACUUGGGAGACAAUGGUUUUACUGGGAAGGUUAACAUAGAUUUCAAAAAAAUGUCAAACCUUUGGUUUGUUGCGUUAUUUAUGAACAGUCUAGGGAAUUCGGAACCUGAUGAGAUGAACUUCAUUAAUUCCAUGUUCAAUUGCAGCAAACUAGAAAAGUUAUAUCUUGGAUUCAACCUAUUGACUGGAGUUUUUCCUAAUUCUAUAAGCAAUCUCUCAUCUCAUUUAAUAACUAUAUCAUUUUAUAAUAACUUCAUUUAUGGGACCUUGCCUUUUGGGAUUGGGAAUCUAGUGAAUUUAGAAUUAGUAGAUAUAGGCUCUAAUCAGUUAACAGGGAUAGUUCCAAGUGAACUAGGUAAUCUACAAAACCUUAGAUAUUUAUUCAUGGAGGACAACUACUUUACCGGGAACUUACCAAAAUCUAUAGGAAAGCUGCAGUCAUUGCUAGAGUUGGGUUUGGAUGAAAACAGAUUACAAGGACAUAUACCUCCCAAUCUUGGCAACUGCAAUUGUUUGUUGUUGUUGGAUAUUUCCGUAAAUAAUCUUACUAGCCCUAUACCCGUUGAGCUUUUUCAGCUAUCAUCCCUGUCGAUCGUUCUAAAUCUUUCUCACAACUAUUUAGUUGGACCCCUUCCCCAAGAGAUAGAAAAACUCAAAAGUUUGACGGCGCUUGAUCUCUCACACAAUGAGCUGGUUGGACCAAUACCAAAUGCCAUCGCAAGCUGCACAAGCCUUGAGUACCUAAAUCUUGGUGCCAAUUCCUUUCAAGGUCCGAUACCUGCCUCAAUGAGUGUUUUAAGAGGUAUCAGCGACCUUAAUCUUUCUAGUAACAACUUCUCCGGACAAAUUCCAAAAUUCUUAGAGCAACUAAGCUUGUCUUCAUUGGAUUUGUCGUUCAAUAAUCUUGAUGGUGAGUUACCGUCGGAAGGUAUUUUCAAGAAUGCGAGUUUGAUCUCGAUUCAAGGGAACAAUGGGCUGUGUGGAGGCCUUCCUGAAUUUCACCUACCUAAAUGUGCCAUAGUAUCAAGGUCAAAGACAGGUUCUAGAACAUCGUGUGUUAUUCCAAUUGUCAUUCCAAUUUGCUCGCUUAUAGUUAUAGCAAUGGUGUUGUUCUAUCUAUUUCGUUGGAAAAUAAGAAAGGCACAAGCACAACUAGCAGAAGAAGCUUCGGACGUACAACCGUUUUCAAGAGUUUCUUAUGGAAGCAUACUCAGAGCUACCAAUGGUUUUUCUCAACAGAACUUGAUUGGGACAGGGGCUUUUAGUGCUGUUUAUAAGGGUAUUCUUAAACCAGCUUAUGGAAUGGUCGCCAUAAAGGUUCUAAAGCUUGGAAACCAAGGAGCUUUAAAGAGUUUCGUGAUGGAGUGCGAGGCUUUGAAAAACAUAAGGCAUCGUAAUCUUGUGAAAGUCGUUACUUCCUGUUCGUCCAUUGAUUUUCAGGGUAAUGAUUUCAAAGCUAUUAUUUGCGAGUUCAUGCCAAAUGGGAAUCUUGAAAGGUGGCUACAUCCAAGUUCAGAACAAGAGGUAGAUUUCAAAGAAGCUCCUCUGCAAAGAUUAACCCUUUGCCAAAGAGUAACGAUCGCAACAGAUGUAGCUCAUCCCAUACAAUACCUCCAUCAAGAGUGUGAAGUACCCAUAAUUCACUGUGAUUUGAAGCCAAGCAAUAUCUUACUUGACAGUGGCAUGGUUGCUCACAUUAGUGAUUUUGGGGUAGCAAAGUUUUUGCCAUUAAAACUAGACGAAAGAACUUCACUUGGAUUAAGAGGGACUAUUGGAGUAUGGCCUUGGAGGUGAGACGACAAAAGAAGGGGAUAUCUACAGCUUUGGGAUAUUGUUAUUAGAGAUGAUAACAGGAAAGAGACCAACAGACCGCAUUUUCCGGGAUGGAUUGAACCUCCAUGGCU